GUUACUCGAUGAUGGAACAAGGAACAGUUGUAGGCCGUAAAAUUACAUUCCACUUGAAACAAUUUCUGCGUCGAACAUUUUCAGUUGGAAGUAGUGGUAUUGAGUUAGAUAUUCGGGAGUUCGAACGACGAUUCGAGAUUCUGGAUUUCAAUCAUAUGGUAAUGAAAGUGCGUGCCGAAACAACCAGUGGAACAGAAAGCUUUUCAGCCACAUAUCGGAAAAUUAUGCCCUAG